AUGUCUGCGGUUGAGAUACUCGAUGACGAUAUCUACCUCGGUGCUGAGAACAAUUUCAACUUAUUAACAGUUAAGAAGAACAGUGAAGGUGCUACUGAUGAAGAACGAGGGCGGUUAGAGGUAAUUGGAGAGUACCACCUUGGGGAAUUCGUGAACAGAUUCUGCCAUGGUUCUCUGGUAAUGAGGCUUCCUGAUUCAGAGAUUGGUCAGAUCCCAACUGUCAUCUUUGGUACAGUCAAUGGAGUUAUUGGAGUAAUAGCUUCACUUCCUCAAGAACAGUAUAUCUUCUUGGAGAAAUUGCAGUCAUGUCUGAGGAAAGUGAUUAAAGGCGUUGGCGGAUUAAGCCACGAGCAAUGGAGGUCGUUUAAUAACGAGAAGAGAACCGCGGAAGCAAGGAAUUUCUUGGAUGGUGACUUGAUCGAAUCGUUUCUGGAUCUGAGUAGGAACAAGAUGGAGGAUAUAUCUAAAUCCAUGAAUGUUCAAGUGGAAGACUUGUGUAAGACAGUUGAAGAGCUCACCAGGCUUCACUGA